UCACAAUCACGAAAUUUACUAACCGGGGCUCUAUAAAUAGCGGCUCAUGCGCUUGGCCUCUUCGCGCAUUCGCAAAGUGUCUCUCUUCAGAUUCCACAGAAGAUCACAACCAAGCUUAAUUGAUACCCGCUCGAAGGCAUGGACGGCGCUAAGAAGGGCGGCGGUGGAGGGGGCGAGAAGUGCAGUGGUGGCGUCGUAGGAGGAGCAACAGGUGCAGGUGGUGGUGGUGGGGCAGCGAAAGGAGGUGGCGGCAGCAGCGGUGGAACAAUGGUUGCGCCAGGAAGCGGGGGUGCGGCCCAUAUUUCGAGGGCAGAGUUUGAGAAAAACCCGCAGGGUUACUUUGCUGAGCUCCAUGAGAGUGACUGUAAGACGGACGGCCGCCUAUGCGUGCUGCUGGAUUAUGAACGAAAUGAAUCAAAAGACUCAUCUUCUGCAUCACCGCAUCUGUUCUUGGACGACGCCAUCAUCAAAUUCCACAGAAGAUCCCAACUAGCUAGUCAUCACCCAUCAGAAGGAAACAUGGGCGGCAAGGGAGGCAGUGGCGGAGGCGGGAAGGGCGGCGGGGGAGGUGGCGGUGGAAAGGGAGGAAGUGGUAGCGGGGGAGGAGCAAGAGGUGGAGGAUGUGGCGGCGGGGCUGCAAAAGGAGGCGGCAGUAGCGGAGCAGGCAUGAUGAUUGCCCCGGGAUCUGGUGGUUCGGCGCAUAUCUCCAGGGAUUCGUUCGAGAGUAACCCACAGGGUUACUUUUCUGGGCUCCAUGAGAGCUCCAAGGGGAACAAAUGA